ACUACUGCUAUCUUCAGUGCUGAUGCUCUGCGUCGCAUAUACCCCGAGCACUCCCUAGUUAUGACAAGGGAUUUGCAAUUGAAUGUUCUUCGUUUCCCUGGAGUCAACGUUUCUCCUUUGGAGAAGACCCCCAUGGUUUCGAACCUUGUUUUUGUCCCAUUAGCCCGCAGCUUGGGCGGUCUUCCAGGGAUAUUGGUGGACCAAAUCCAAUUUGGAGCGUUCCAACUGAGCUUCAAUCAACAUCAAUUUUUGGCUUUCGUCGCCGAGGCAAGUUCAGAAUCGGCCAGUUAUGCUUGUGCAAAAGUGUUUAUUGGCAUUCACAGACCCGAGGACGCGAUACGCACCUUGCUCAUUGCUGUCGGGGGUUGGAGCGAUCACCUCCACGAUGAAAUUUGGGUUUACAAUCAAGGAUCAUGGCAGAAGGACCAUGGGCUGUGGGUUGACAUCCAGAAGGCCGACUGGAAGGACAUUAUUCUCAAAGAAGAGUUCAAGAACGCUUUGAAAAAGGAUGUUUAUGGGUUCUUUUCCUCUGGGGCGAUAUAUAAGGAACUUGCGAUUCCCUGGAAGAGAGGCCUAAUCUUUUAUGGACCUCCAGGCAACGGAAAGACUAUUAGUAUCAAGGCCAUUAUGAAAACUUGCGGUGAACAAGGAUAUGCGCCUCUCUACGUCAAAUCCUUCCAGAGCUGGCAAGGCGAAGAAGCAGCUAUGGCAGCAGUAUUCGACAAGGCCCGACAGUCGUCUCCCUGUGUUAUAAUACUCGAGGAUCUUGACAGCCUGAUCAAUGACAAGAACCGGUCUUUUUUUCUUAACCAGCUCGAUGGUAUUGGAGGGAUUGAUGGUCUUCUCGUCAUCGGAACAACUAAUCACUUUGAUCGUCUCGAUCCUGGUCUGAGCACCAGACCCAGCCGUUUCGAUAGAAAGUUUAAAUUUGAUGAUCCAGACUGGGAUGAACGGAUUCUCUAUGCACGAUACUGGCAGAAAAAGUUGUUUCCCAACAAAGCCAUCGACUAUCCUGACCGACUGGUAAAAGAAGUUGCUGACCUCACCAAUAAGUUCAGCUUCGCGUAUUUGAAAGAGGCAUUUGUCUCCACCCUCGUCACGUUAGCUGGCUUGGAAGGUGAUAAGCCCUCU